UCCAGUAUAAAUGUUCCAGGUAUUUCUUCCUGUUUAAUCUUCAACAGUUUUUGAAAACAAAAGUACUAGCUUCUGUACUAGCUUGUAAUUGUAAGGGUUUCUGGCAAAGUACCACAUAUACAACUUGUUUUGAAGUGACUUAUAGAACGAAAUUACCAUUCGCAUGUAUAUUGGAAGGAUGAAUGAAUGAAUAACGCAUGGUUGAAAAUGCCAUACGUCCAGUUUUACGAUUUCUCAUUUUCUAAUACAAAGAAAACACUGCCAUCUACUGGCGGCAAAGCGCUGUAUCGUGUCUGUUUCUUACCUCUUCGCAUGUUAGACACGAAUACGAAUAAAUAAAGUGUCCGUCGUCGUGUCUCAGAUUUAGAAAUGUUGAUGAACUACAGUUCUUUUUAGUUUUAGAACAAAUGCAUCGUAAAAAGCAAGUGUAUCGUAAAAUGUGUCCGUGGCGGAACUAAUGUUCAGUAUCACUGUGUUUCCGGGGAGAAGCGAAGGAGGUAGCACAUUGAUGUCUGAUCAAAGCGAUCACAUCAGGCAAUACUUUUGUUAUCUGCGACCAGUAGAGAACCUCUGCUUUAAGGUGUCAGGGUAAUCGGUGACGAUCAUGGACAGUCUAGAGGACACCUUUAGGACCCUCUCCAUCGCUAGGAGGCUGCAGCCCAGUGAGGCCAUGUACAUUCUGGACCUCUCUCUUGCGUCCUGUGCCAGCAGUGUGUCAGAUGUGCUGGCUGUGUGCUGCUCUAAUCACUCUGUGCACCUGCACAGCAGAGAGACACUCCGCCUGGUGGGUGAGUUGCAGGGUCACACAGCUCCUGUGUGUGGGGUGCGUUUCUCUCAUCUCUCCCCUCACCUGCUGUUCACCGGCUCCGCCGAUGGGACACUGCGGUGCUGGGACAUCCGGCGGCCCGGUUCUGAUGCCUCCCAGGUGUUCCGCAGCGAUUCGACACAUUCGUACUGCUCGUUUGAUGUGAGCUGUAGUGAGCGUGUGCUGUGUGCAGGCACGGAGCAGGUGGAGGAGGACAGUUUUUUGGUAUUCUGGGAUGUCCGUAUGGUUCAGGACAGAGGUGAGACGGGCAGUCUGCUGGGCGUUUACUCAGAGUCACACAGUGAUGACAUCACUACGGUGAAGUUCCACCCACGGCAGGCAGAUCGGCUGGCUUCAGGAGCCACAGAUGGGCUUGUGAACGUGUUCGAUCUGAGUCUGGGUGGUGAGGAUGAUGCUCUUGUCACAACCUGUAACUGCAAUUCCUCUGCAAGCUCCCUCUGCUGGACAGGCAAAGAUCUUGACCAGCUGCUUUGUCUGACACAUGAUGAAGGGCUACACCUAUGGGAUGUGGCUCGGCCAGACAGCGAUGACACUUUGACACUUCUGAGUUCGGCUGAUGCUCGACCAAUGGUCCAGCUCCCCGAUGGAGCAUCACUUGAGUACUUUGUGGGCGGUACAUGGCUAUCAGACGAGGAGCGUAUUCUUUUAGUGGGAGGGAGUAAUCAUGGAGAGCUCCACCUCCUGGACUGCAGUGGGCGUGGUCUGAGGUUCAUUAAAUCCCUCAGAGGGGGUCAUUCAGCUACAGUGAGAUGCUUCCAGUGGGAUGCGAUUGGUCGGUCUCUGUUGACGGGUGGGGAGGAUGGCCAGUUGUUGCAGUGGAAAGCGGGAGCAGAGGAAAUCAGUGUGGGGAUGAAAGAUUCUCUGAAAAGCAUCUCCUCCAUACAGCUCAAAACUAAAGCUCACAGAAAACAAGCUACACAGAAAGGCCGGUCCAAACUAGCAUGAUCAUAUGCCUGGGAGAAACUUUUCACUAAGAGACAGUUGACACUGAAACAAAUAGUUUUUUGACAAAAAUAUCAGAGAAAUUGUAAAGUGCACUAAUCUACUUUGAUGCCUUUGUUUUCACAAAUUUAUGGAUGGUAGAUAAAGAUAUGCUAUAUGGAGACUAAAUUUGAAUCUACCGCCUUAUAAAACAUAACUUAUUAUAGAUAUUGGCACAGUUUAAAGUGUUUUAAAAGAUGUGAACAUUGCUACAUAAGAAUUACAGAUGUUGUCUGAUUUGUCCAGCAGAUAAACUCUCCUCUAUGUGGUAGUUUUUGACUUUAUGUAGAACUUUACAUUUCUUGUGUUUUGUUAGCAACAUGUUUUUAAAAUGUGUAAAACUAAACAGCUGUAUUGUAUUAAAGGAAUAGUUCACCUAAAAAGAAAAGUGAGCUAAAAAUUUACUCACCCUCAUCCCAUCCAAGAGGUAGAUGAGCUUGUUUCUUAAUCAGAACAGAUUUGAAAUUUUGGUUCUGACAGCGCUCAUUCACUUCAGACGAUUCAUUAGUAAUGAUGAUGUAAUGCUAAAAAUCUGUUCCAAGGAUGAAACCUUACCUAACUCCACUAUAUCCUGGCAUGAGGGAGAGUACAAUUCUUUCUUUUUUUUUUAACUAUUCCUUGAAUGCAUGUUUAUAUAUAUAUAUAUAUAUAUAUAUAUAUAU